AUAGAUCAAGAGUUUUUGGCCAACACAGCUGUUCGUUUCAAGCGGAAAGAUUGAAACGAAGCGAUUAGAAAAUCACUUCUAUGAAGCGACAUCUACGCUAGAGGCAGAAACAGAAACGUGAAUGUGAAAGCGAGUCCGCGGCGGCAAACGGCAACAUCAAAACGAAGACCAUAAGUAACAGACCCGUGGAAGCAGGAACAAUACGCUUACGUUCGUCAACCAGGUCCAGAUCACACAGCGCCGAUGUUGUAAACAACUAGAACUACACAACGUUCGCACGGUUCAAUUGAAUUUUUUUGAUUUGUCAUAUUAAUUGUUGUUUCGCAUCACAUACUCACGUACUACGUGUUCAAAGUUGUGUAAACAAUCGGAACGCACAGAAUCCAGUCAGCGCACAGUACAUUCGUAGCGAAGCUCUGCAAGAUUGAAAGCUGCCCAGCUCCUCCAACUCGACCCCCAGGCCAGGCCCCAGGUCGACUCCACUCCACUCUCCAAGUCAAGUCUACCAAUUAAAGAUGGCCGCUGCCACUGCAACCGCCGGCAAUGCAGUGAACGACUGCUUCAGCAUUGGAUCCACAGUGAUGUGCACAACCUGUUUCAAUGAGGAAGUGGAGGGCGAGGUUCUCGCCUUCGAUCAUAACACAAAGAUGCUUAUCUUGAUCUUUCCCCGCUUCCCACUUUCCCACCUUUUUCCGCUGUUGCCUUUUUGCCCCAAAACAGAAUGCCGAUCGAAGACAACGGAGGAGCUGAGUGAUAUCUAUGCGUUGAAUCUUUCGCUAUGCAGCAACGUGCAGGUGAUCAAGGAGUGCAACGGGAACUUCGUCGAUGAUCCGCAGAAGUUAAAUCUGGAACAGGUUAAAAUGCGGCUGAGGAAAACAGUGGAACGUCGUCAGGACUAUCUCAAGUCCCAGAACGCUGACGUGAGCUCAGAAGCACAAGAACUUUAUAGAGCGAUAGCCAAACAAUAUGGGUACAAUGAAGUAUCAUGGCAGGGACUGAACAUACAGAUCCUUAACGAAGUCACCAUUUCGCCACCGUACCGAGUGGACAACGUAGUAUCGAGUUCAAACAACGAAACCUCGUGCAACUACAUUAAGCGCAUCAUCAAACAGUUCUUCAACUCCAGAAUUUCGGGGGCACAGGAUAGUACUUCCAAUGCUGCGGCCAGCACUUCGUCAGCGUCGGUCUCCCCAACAUCCUCAUCUCUGUCAUCGAGUAAUGCUGCUUCUGGGUCGCCGGUUCCCGCUAACUAAUAAUAAAAAACAAGACAAAACAAUCGAAA